AUGGAUGACAAUCAAGAUAGUAUCCAGUUUAAGCUCAAUACACAGUUCGAGUCAACUCCGAAUUCAACUGAUAAUCCGGGGAAAUUACCAGGUUUUAAUAACAAUAUAGAUAAUAAUCAUGACAUGGAUACAAUUCGUUCCAGAAUGGAAUCACAUAUAUUUCAUAUAGGUAGGACUCGCGAUAAGGCGCAAGACUUUAUAAAUGAACGAAGGCAUGGCUGGACACAUGGGGUUAAACCCCCGUACACAGUAUUUAAAUAUGAAAAGGCACCCAUUGGUAAUCCGAAGAACAUCUUCAACAAGGCUGAAAAGGAGAAGAUAUUCUCUCCAAUGGCCGUUUUUGAAGAAAUAGACCAUGCAUCGUUAAACAGAAAUGGUAGAGCGCUAUCUACAGAAUCGAGCAAUCAGGAGGAUAUUCCAAUUGAAAGCAAACCAGGCGAUGAAGCAGAAGAUGAUAAAGAUGGACGUGGCUUUUCAGGUUUAUACACUAUUCCAAGGACAACGUUGAAUGUUUCCAAUAGUUUCACGCUUGAUAAGCAUAGGCGCAAGUUAGUAACUGAGCUUCCAGAGAUCUGUUAUCAAAAUCAUGUUGAUAUGGACGACAUCACUUAUACAUUUGGUGGUGUAUAUGUCAAUAAAUAUAGUGAUUUUAGGCACUUGGGAAUACCCAUCGAUGUGGACCCACAAAAGAUUUCAAUAAGUUUUCCAUGUGAAUUACCUCCUCAUGUCGAUAAGGAUAUUUUAAUAAGUCCAUAUAUGAUGCAAAACCCACAUCUUAUUAUAUUUAAUGCAUUUCGAAGUACUUUGAGUUAUUGUGAUACGUUUUCAUCAAGCGAUUAUCCAGCGUACUUGAAUAACGCAUCUGGUUGUCCUAUUUCUAAAAGUCAUAUAUUCUUUUAUGGGGGUUUUGAAAUCAAGGUUGAGUCUGUUGACUAUUUUGCUGAAAUCGACAGGUGGGUGAUAAAAAAAAAAUUAGUAAUGAAUGAAAACGGAUAUAUUCUAGAUAUCAAAACUUUAAAGUUCACGAAAAUUGAAUUGGAAUCUAAGGCUCGGGAGUUACUUAGAAUUGGUAGAAUUGGAAAUGCUAUUGCAGCAAAUGUAUUUGAGCUUUUAGGUGAGGAUAAAGAAAAGCAAAACAGAUGUAUACUGCCUCCGUUAUUUACAGACAUUAUCAAUGAUCUUCCCUUUCCCUCGAGUCCCUUGGUAAAACCAGUAAAUCUUCCGGAACCAAGAGAUUCCGAUAAUAUCAAACUACCUGAGUCGUCAACUAACACUUCUGUAUCAAAUACAUUGAAUGAAAAAGGUAAUAUGUCUGAUAUUGACUCCAUACCGCCCAUUUCUGCUACAAGUUCUUAUUCUCUUAAUGUUCUGAAGCAAUUAAAUUCACAGAAGUCUUUUACUGGUCAUUCAGAGACUUCAAAAUUAACUCCUUCAACUUCAACAAAGAGUAGUAUCAUACACACUACACCAGGUCCUAAACUAACUCAUGCAUUAUCGAAGUCAUCAAAAAUAUUUCAUAGGCAUCAAAAACAAGCAAGUGGAAGUACGCCAAAGUCACCAACAAACCAUCCAUUAAAGAACACGUAUUCAAAUCAAGUGAGAGAUAACAGGUCAAAUUCUCAGAAUAGUAGACCUGUGUCGCCAGUACUAAUAGGCAAUCCUAUGCCAAAAUCAAAUUCACAUAAGACACCUAUAAUUCCUGUCAGUGAUAGUGUUGAUUCCAAACUCUUCCAAUCUUCAAAUCAAAAUGAUAAAAAGAAAGAUAACGUUUCUAACGUGGAAAGUGACCAGAAGCCAUCGACUCCACUGAUUUCAUAUGUUAAUACAAAUGCUUCGCCUGUCAAAAAUGACAACCCACCAAAUAUUGAAGAUACUGGUUUCAAGGCUGCAGAUAAUGAUAAUGGCUUCUCUUUUGACAGUCGAAGCAAAAAUGCUUCAUUCAUCAAUAAUCAUAAUCAUAAAUCUCAAGAAGGGAGGGUUUCGAUAUUUAUAUUUGGUGGUUUCGAGUGCCACGAAGAUGAAUUUGGAUAUCAAUCAUUUAGGGCGACCAAUGAUUUAUUAAGGAUUGAUAUCGCCUGCAGAAGGAUUAAGUUUACUAUAGGGUUUGAAAAAGAAGCUUCGAUUUCAACAUUUAGUAUAAAUGGGGUAUAUCCAAAAACGGGUGAAAGCAUAUAUUCUGAAACCUGGCCUUCUCCGAGGGGAUAUUUUGCUUAUUCAUUAAUAGACCAUAAUCAAACUAUAGACGAAAAUUGUUACUGGGACAUAGACUCCUUUAACCAAUUGCCGUCAGAAUCGGAAGAAUUGGCAGACGACGAAGGUUUUGAUAUUCACUGUACAAGGGUCAUAUCUUCAGCGUCGGAUAGCGUGUCCUCGGGCUCUACUUCUGUUCAAACUGCAAGCAGCAAGGGCAUAUCUACAAGAACACACAAAUCAAAGACCGUUGAAGAAUACUUCAAUGGUAAAGCUUUACUAAUUCAAGGUGGAUGUAAUGAAAACUUUGAAACGUUUAGUGACUUUUAUGUUUUUGUUUUUGAAAUCGGAAAAUGGCAGACCUUAUCGACCUACGUGCAUGAUUAUUUCAAUUCUCCCAAACAACCAUACGAGGAUGACGAUGCAUCCUUAUUUGUCAAAGAAAACGAAGAUCCAAAUCCAAAGAUAAUAGAAGCUGAAUUAAGAGCAUGUCAUCACAGCGCAUUGUAUUACAAGAACGAUGAAAAGGACUAUUUAUUCUUUAUGGGGGGCUUCACCAAUGAUUACUUGAGAUAUUUUGAUACUGAGCCUUAUAGAAGUGAUAAGUUUGAUGUUUCCAGGCUAAGUAAGUUACAAUUUGCACCUACAAAUGCAAAUACUCUGCGCAUUAUGGUAUUGAAUUUACAGACCCAAACUUGGCGAUUUCUUAAGUAUUACUACGAUGUGACCCAUUCUACUCAUGAGAAUUUCUUGAACAUACUAAAUUCAAACUCAGCUUGGACCAAUGCCAGAAUUAACAAUUUUGGUGGUUGUGUUUCGUUAAACGGCAAGGCUAUUACUAUUUGCCAUGGUAUGGCAUGCGCGGUACCGGAAAAAAGAGACGACUUAGCGAGAUUAAAGCUAGAUGUACCUGACACUUCAAUACUAUGGGGUGCUCAUGUUAGGUUUACCUUCCCUAGUUUGUAG